GGAGUUAUCCUUGCAGAUCGUCCACACCUUUUUCUUUUAUCUACGCGGGGAUAUAACACAGCUCAAGAACAGACUUAUCUAAUUGUAGAACAGCUACGAAUUGAUAUUUGGUGCGAUGGUGCAGGGAACGAAAACAGAAGGUCCAUCACAGGCCGAACAAUUACUGCGAGUGACAUCCGGGAUUGCUGCAGAGCUCAUCAAAGCCCACGAUGCAAACCAGACUGUCUCACUGAACGAGCUUAGGGCCAAAUUGAGCAAGAAAUUCGGAUUCGGUGGUGUUCCAAGACUAGUGGACAUCAUCAGUGCCAUACCAGACGAUUAUAAGAAAGCGUUACUACCAAAAUUACGUGCUCGUCCUAUACGAACGGCUAGCGGGAUCGCAGUUGUUGCCGUCAUGUGCAAACCACAUCGAUGUCCACAUAUUGCCAUGACGGGGAACAUAUGUGUAUACUGCCCAGGAGGACCAGAUUCAGAUUUUGAUUAUAGCACUCAGAGCUAUACUGGCUAUGAGCCAACGAGCAUGCGUGCUAUUCGUGCGCGAUAUGACCCUUAUGAGCAAACGCGUGGUCGAGUAGAGCAGCUAAAGAGUUUAGGUCACAAUGUAGACAAGGUCGAGUUUAUCAUCAUGGGUGGAACAUUCAUGAGCAUGCCAGAAGAUUACCGAGGGAAAUUCGUUGCUCAACUACAUAAUGCAUUAUCAGGGUUCACUGGGACGGAUAUCGAUGAAGCCGUCCGAUUUUCAGAGCAAAGUAAAUCAAAAGCUAUCGGCAUCACUAUUGAGACCCGACCAGAUUAUUGCUUGCGACCACAUCUCAGCCAAAUGCUGCGAUACGGCUGCACUCGUCUCGAAAUUGGUGUCCAGUCCGUUUACGAAGACGUUGCCCGUGAUACAAACCGGGGUCACACAGUCCGUGCCGUCUCCGAAUCCUUCCAUCUAGCAAAAGACGCGGGGUUCAAGGUAGUUGCUCACAUGAUGCCUGACCUGCCGAAUGUCGGCGUCGAACGUGACCUAGACCAGUUCAAGGAGUAUUUUGAGAAUCCUGCUUUCAGGAGCGAUGGCCUGAAGAUUUACCCCACGCUUGUCAUCAGAGGUACUGGUUUAUAUGAGCUUUGGCGGACAGGUAGAUAUAAGAACUAUACGCCGAAUGUUCUUGUCGACGUGGUUGCGCGAAUCUUGGCGUUGGUGCCACCAUGGACGAGGGUUUAUCGGGUUCAAAGAGAUAUUCCCCUUCCACUUGUAUCAAGUGGUUGCGAGAACUCUGGUAACCUUCGAGAACUGGCACUUAAUCGUAUGAAAGACUUUGGUGCUGAAUGUAGGGAUGUACGAUUCCGUGAAGUUGGUAUACAUGAAAUACACCACAAAGUCCGCCCAGAAUCUGUUGAACUCCUAAGACGGGAUUACACGGCUAACGGUGGUUGGGAAACAUUCCUUUCGUAUGAAGAUCCAGAACGUGACAUUCUCGUCGGACUGCUACGACUUAGGAAGUGCUCUGAGGAGGGUACAUUCCGGCCAGAGCUAAUACGAAAGGAGGGUGACGAAGGUGGCUGCAGCAUCGUAAGAGAACUGCAUGUGUAUGGUACUGCCGUACCAGUACAUGGGAGAGAUCCAACAAAAUUCCAACAUCAGGGCUUCGGUACUUUAUUGAUGGAGGAGGCAGAACGGAUAGCGAGGGAGGAACACGGUAGCAUCAAGCUCGCGGUCAUCUCAGGUGUUGGGACGCGAGACUACUAUCGUAAACUAGGAUACGAGUUAGACGGACCAUAUAUGAGCAAAUCCUUAUUGUAAUUUAAACUUUGUAUUUCAGUACUGGGUGUGCACUCUUUUCUGUCGCGACUCGCCAUGUAUUAGCCAGAAAAAAGCAAUGUACUAUCGCGAUAUCCGAACAGCUACAUGUACCCUGCGACCAUGUAUCCAGAUUAAUAUAUUACUAUAUGUCGUUUGUACCAUCUGGGUUGGGAGUACCGAGCAAGCCCUUCAGUCUGUCCAACGUCGCGCCUGAAUACUGUUGAUCCCGCGCAGCCGCCUGCUUCUUUUGCAGACCAGCAUAAUCAACCCUGCGUCGGGGUGUAGUCAUUGACGUAGCCACCCAUCUCCCCGUAGGAGCCGGAGCCUGACUUAUGUACUUCCUCGACCCUGGCCGAUGCGUGUUACUUCGCUCAUGCUGAGGCAUAUCCACACUCCGUAGGUCCAGGUCAAUCCUAGCCGCUUUCAACCCUUCUCGCUUGACCCCUACCACAUUUGGCACCUUCCUCAGUAUUGCGCUCUCUGCACGGAAUUUCGUAACCCCUGUCUCCUCUUGCGAAUUCCAGUCCAUAGCCUGUGCCGUGCCUUGGUUGCCCUUCUUCACGAACGCAGUCAUUCUCGCAAACCCGGCUAUGUGUCCCGGCUGCCUUCCUCUCUCCUCUGGAACGUACUCUUCGAGUAGACGGCCAGGCUGAGCUUCUGUCAUAAGAUAGGUCUGCAAUGGCGAGAAAUGGGUGUACGUCAAGCCUGCGGUGCGGUGCGGGACCUGCUCGAUUUCACGUGAGCGUGAAUUUGUCCUGCGCUUUUCCGAUGCUUGUUUCGCCAAAAUCUCGUGCAUCUCUCUCUUCGCACCCGAGUUCGCAAUCUGGUAAUAGGACAGCCCACUCACUCCAGCCUUCUUCUUCCCGUCACUCCCAUCAGCCUGCAGAUACUCGUAGAACUCGCCUCUCUGCGCGCGUAUAUGCUCGAUGUAACUCUUGAAUCUCCUUCUCGACAUGGCGUGGAUAUUGGGUACGAGAGUGCCACGCCCUGCGACAGGGUCACUCUGCCCUGAAGUGUAGUCCGAGUCUACGAUCCAUUGGUUACCAUCGAUCUGCGUUGCCGCAUUCGCAUAGUUGAGUCCUAGAGAUUGCUUCCCAAGCGAAUCUGAAGACCCGCGUACGGCCGUCAGCUUGAGCUCCUGCCAGUUCUUCAUCCACAGCGCCUGGCUCUCUGCGCUAUUCCACUCUGUCUGCUGCUCGUGCGAGUCUACAGCCUUGACUGUGAUAUAUGCGCCUCGUCUCCGCAGGGGAAGAGGCCGUUUGAAGCCCCAGUUUCCGCGCUUGGCAUCGCCGCCGUAUGUGGUGUAGACUUGGGCAAUUUGAGGGUCAAAAGUGGCAAAUUUUGAGCGUUUGAAGAGUUCUGAAAACGCGCUUUGGGUGGGUUUUGUCUUUGGCACGUACGCCGCCAAUGACAUGGCACGUAGAAGAAUAAAGCAAAGAGAGAGAGAAAAAGUACUUGUCCC